AUCACUGUCAAGGAGGUGACAUUAAGUGCAGAGCCAACUUACCGAAUAAACAUCAGAGGCAUAGCAAAAUCUAUGUAAAUAAUGCGUCGCAAUGUGCGCCAGCAACAACAGUACAACUGGGAUGAUGGCAUCAUGGAUGAUGACAACGAAUUUGUGGACAUGCAACAGUUGCCCAAUAGAAUGGUCAAUGGCCACGCAAGACUGCCACGCUUCGAGAACACGCUCGAGGUGAAAGUACAGGAAGAUGAUACGUUGCAAGCGCUUGCUUUGCGCUUCCAUUGCUCAGUGGCUGACAUUAAGCGAUUGAAUAAGAUUGACCGCGAGAACGAGAUACAUGCCCGUCGUAUUAUUCGUAUUCCCGUCACCGUGCACAAUGUCCUUCUGGGAUCGCACGAUCCGGAUGCACUGCCCGCUGUGCAUCGCAGUGGCAACAACAGCCCAAGGCACAAUUUGGAAAAGGAACUUGCGAUUCAACGCAAUCCGUUGGAGGAUGCUCGCUUGAUGUUGGACGAGCGACUGCUGGUCGCUGCUGUGAACGCUGCUGAAGGACAGCCUUCACCUCGAAGGGAUGUCAAUAAAUUCUAUGAUGGCUCGGAUGAUAACGGCAACAGGGAGCAGACUUUGGAUGACAGUACAGCCUUGCUGGACGACAUGCUAGUGGACAGACAUGUGCCCCGUUUGCGUCCGAUACCGGGUCCAUCGUUGCGGGCCAUCGACUGGUCUGGCUCGGAUUGCGACAUGUCCUGGAUAUGCCUGCUAAUAUUUAUUCUCGCACUCUGUGUCGUCAUCCCUCUGGUGUAUGUUAUCUACCUGGCGGAGCAUCCACAUCACACCCACAGCACACCAUAGUUGGCAGUGGGAAAAAUAAAACGAAGUGAUCAUCAUUCCAAAUGUGCUAAUUGAAAUGAUAUGAUAGGAAAUCACAAAACUCCAAAAUAAUACGAAAACACCCUCAAUCACUCUCUUGGCUCUGGAGGAUCGCAUUUUGAAUGUAAUUGGGAGCAAUAGAAUUUAUUUUUUAUAUAAAUAUACACGCAUAGAAAUAAAAUACCAAUUGUGACUUGUACAAAUCGUAUAAUAUUAGACAUGAUACCAUAUUGAAUUAAUUAAUUUAUAUUCCCAUUGCCCAAAUUAUUUUAAAUUGUGAAUCAUUUGAAAUUACGUAUUUAUAAAUCUCAACUGGCAGCCGGUAGAUAGAAUCGAUGUAAUAAAGCUGUGAACAGGUAAACAAUAAAUAGUAACACUCAAAUUGUUUUAUUGUAAGUUUAAUGUAAUAUUAUUUAAAUGAUGAUACAUCGACAUUUUAUGUUUAUAUCGAGGUACAGGUCCGAUAAAUAACAAAUUCAAAUGAUGUUUGCAAAGCUUAAAGCUAAGAACAUUUCUUAUAAAUAGAUAAAAUAUGUAAUAAAUAGUAUCCAUGGAUAGUUAAUUAAUUAGUAAAGUAUCAACUAGAAUUAACAUUAGUUAACGCACACUGGGCGACAAUUGUUUAAGUACUUCUUAUCAUCAUCUGAAUACUUUUGAAUGUGUGUCUGGCCAUGGCACAUGAUUAUUUGGUUGUGAAUUGAUAUAUUGAUUUGGUAUCCAGGUGCAUGAUGCUCUGCUCCCAUUGUUGUGCAUAUUCCUGGCAUGGAAUAGGCAACCAAGGGCCG